AUCAAAGAAAGCGUUACAAAGUGUGGUAGAGGAUAAAUUUAUUAGAUUCCGAUUUCCAAUAACCAAGAAUGUGUAUAGCAAAUCUAGAGAGAGAGUGAAAAGAUAAACCCUUUGAACACUCUCUCUCAUUUCUUCUCCUUCGUAAUCUUCAUCUCUCAGAAAACAACUUAGUUUCUAAACCAUCUCAUUCUCCACUUGCUUUAAUGGACUUUGAAGAAGAAAUUAAUCUUCACGAGGAAGAAGAAGAAGGAGACGCCCUUUACGACUCUCCUCCUCUUCCUCCACCGUCUCGCGUCCUCAAGGCCUCCACUGAAAGUCCUGACACCGCCGGAACAACCUCAACCGGCGAAGGAGGAUAUAUGGUGGCUCACGGCGGUUCUUCCCUCGGAGGGGGAGGCAGGUUUAGGUUCCGUGAGUGUCUCAAGAACCAAGCGGUGAACAUAGGAGGACACGCGGUGGAUGGCUGUGGUGAGUAUAUGCCGGCUGGAAUCGAAGGUACCAUCGAAGCCCUAAAAUGCGCCGCUUGUGGCUGUCACCGUAACUUCCACCGCAAGGAAUCACUUUACUUCCACCACCACGCGCCGCCGCCUCCUCCGCCGCCGGGAUUCUACCGUCUUCCAGCUCCGGUGAGGUACCGACCACCACCGUCACAAGCUCCUCCCCUCCAGCUCGCUCUUCCUCAAAGAGAGAGGUCAGAAGAUCGAAUGGAGACUUCUUCAGCGGAGGCAGGAGGGAUUAGGAAGAGGUUUAGAACUAAAUUCACGGCGGAGCAGAAGGAGAGGAUGUUAGGUUUAGCUGAGAGGAUCGGAUGGAGGAUUCAGAGACAAGAUGAUGAAGUGAUUCAAAGGUUUUGCCAAGAGACUGGUGUUCCGAGACAAGUUCUUAAGGUUUGGUUACAUAACAACAAACACACUCUUGGUAAGUCGUUGUCGCCACCACUUCACCAUCAUCAGAAUCCAACUCUUCCUCCACAUGAGUCUUCGUCGUUUCAUCAUGAACAAGACCAACCAUGAAUCAUGCAUGAGUUCUUGAUCACUACUAGGGUUUUAAGUUAGCUGAUUCAUUACUUAAAAUAUUUGAGAAGGUUUUAUUGCUUAAUUUAUGUACUCAUUUUGGUAUUUUCAUGUUGAUGAUCUUUCUGGUUAAUUACGUUUUUCAUUAUGAUUAGCUUCUAAAAUAUCUUAGCAAAUACUUGAUUUGCUUAGUUUUUUUAUUAGUGAGGUCUUUAGUAAUUAGCAUCACAUGUGUCCGUCAGUGUUUAAAUCUAUCAAGUCUUUUUUUUGUCUAGGAAUUUAUACGGAUUCGUACGUGUGUGUGUGUAUUUAAUUUGUGUAUGCAGUUGUGCAGUAGAUAGCAUAUGAUUAAUGUUUUCAUGUGCAUUUGUGUGUGAAUCCUUUUGAUGAAUGCUUCUUUUGCACUGGUUGACAUUGUUCUUGUUUAUUAAGUUCUUGGUGUUUGACAGUGUUCUCAUGUUCCUUGACCACCAUUUCCA